AUGGCGCCAUUGCCAGAGCAAAGAUUGACACCGUAUACCAGACCCUUUGCGUAUACCGGUGUGGAUUAUCUCGGGCCGUUGGAGGUAACCGUUGGCAGGCGGAAGGAAAAGCGAUAUGUAGCGGUCUUCACAUGCUUGGUAGUCCGUGCCGUUCACCUGGAGCUGGCGUACAGCUUAACGACGGAUUCCUGCAUAAUGGCGAUCAGGAGAUUUGUGCGAAGAAGAGGUCCCCCACGCCAAAUAUUGUCCGACAACGGGACGAACUUUGUCGGUGCCGAUCGCGAGCUUAAACGACAGAUCAAGAGAAUCAACAUCGACUGUUCCGACACAUUCACCAACGCCCGAACAAGCUGGUUAUUCAAUCCGCCCUCCGCUCCCCACAUGGGUGGAGUAUGGGAGCGGAUGGUGCGAAGCGUGAAAGAAUCGAUGAGAGCUCUCGACGACGGAAGGAAACUCAACGACGAGAUUCUGCUGACGGUGUUGGCGGAAGCAGAAGCUUUUAUAAACUCUCGUCCACUGACGUACAUGCCUCAAAGUUCGGCCGACUACGAAGCGUUGACACCCAACCACUUUUUGGGUAACUCCACGGGAGAUCAGGACCCUAUGCGUGAUCCAAUCAGUCUCAGCCAAGCACUGCAAAGCAGUUACCUUCGUUCGCAGUAUUUAGCUGAUGCUACAUGGGACAGAUGGCUGAAGGAAUACUUUCCUAAUAUGAACAAGCGGUCCAAGUGGUUCGAAGAUGUGGUGUCGGUUAAACUUGGAGACCUGGUGUAUAUUGCGGAAGGCAGUCGGCGUACCUGGAUCCGAGGAAGGAUCGUGGAGCUAACCCCGAACAAGGAUGGAAGGAUCAGACGUGUUGCAGUACAAACGGCAUCUGGACGACUCGAGAGACCGGUGGCGAAGCUGGCCGUUAUGGAGAUAGGUAACGGUGAAUCCGAGCAAGGUGAUACGGAGGCCGUUCCGGAUUCACGGGGUGGAGAAUGUUCUGGCAUCCCUGACGUCGCUGCAUCUGAACAGACCUAA